UUAACAUUUUGUUAUUCUGUGAUGGGACUGCUUUCCCAGGCUGUCCCAGAAUGAGAGAUGGGGGAGUUAAGUAACCCUCAGCACAGUUCCUAAGCAUGCUUCACUUUCAAGAAAGAGGAUGUAGGUUUUCAUGUUGCUCUGGAGGAAAGCACUUCCUGUACAUUGUGCUGACCACCAGUUUUGUGCUGACGUCACAGGAGGAAUUGUGCUAGGAAGUUAGGACAUUGGCUUCUGCAUAUCAGAUUGCAAGAAAUAAAAAGGUGUGUAAACAUUAGUUUUGUCACAGCACAUGUUGCUGACAAUAUCAUCUCAACAGAAAUAUCCCAGAGAAAUAGCUAAUUAUUAAUCUGUACACAGUGAGAAAACACGUAGAAGUCAUAAAGAGUAGUUCUGUAGUUAAGAUAGCAGAAAGCUCUCAUCUCAGAAAAUCGGGAAAUCUCUGUCUUCCUUACCUGCACAAGUGUAUGGGUUUAAUGUAUGGAGCUGCAUCAGUCUUGAAAAGAGACUGGAUGAAUGUAGAUACCUGCAUGCAAAUGCUGACGCUAAACCCAAGUUUGAUCAUCAAUUGCACAACUCAGGGUUAUCUGUUUUGGGCCUCAGAGGUCUAUGCUGCUCAGGCAUGCCCAGGUCUGAAUUGCUCAGUACCUUGGAUCCAUCUCAGCACUGCACUCAGAAACUGGGUGGCCAAGGGCCAAAUCUCCCAGAGCAGGGGUAGCUGGAGGGCUGCUCUGUGGCCACCUGAAGCAUAGGGCAAGCCUGUCACUGAAGGGGAAGAGGCAGUGGCAUGGGACGGAGCUCCACCUGGAUUGAGUUGAAGGUUGAACUAUCAGGAGGGAGGCAGGAGGGUCCAUAGGGAGGGGGUGGCAUUUCAGGCAGGUUCCCUCAUUUAGGCUUCUCUGUCAGGCAUGCUCCAGCCUCAGUAUGCUGGAGGGCUUUGACUCACCCUCUGAAGGCUUCUAGUCCUGCCCACACAAUGUGUCAGAAACCUGUCUCAUGCUAGAUUUUGGAUUCUCUUUUAUCACCACAUGCUUCAGUUUGUGCCACUGCAAUACCAAACCCGAGGAUGUGUAACACACAACGUUGGCUUGCUGAGGAGCCAGAGCCUAAAUUCAUCAAGGCAUAGUAAAUAGCGUGAGAGUUCCACCAGAAUCAUGUAGGAAGUUCUUAUGAAACUGUGUUUUCAUUUCCCCUUUCAGAUUUAGUGCUCUCACAUUGAGUAAUGCUGCAGAAGUUGCUGUGCCUGGUCUGCUUUAAAGACUCUCUCAGCAAUGCUCUCUGCCAUACUGUGAGAAAGCCUCCCUUUUGCUGAGGUAUCUGUUCCUGGGAAGGGAGUACUUUCACCUCCAGGUUGAAAUGAGUCCAGGCAACCUACCUGAUUUCCCCUGUACUGCCCAGAAACUUGAGGGAAAGCAAAUAGCCGCGUCCCAGUUUUCCCAAUGCACACCUGGCAUCUUGACCACAUAUAUUUUUCUUGCCUCUCUUUAAAACGGAUACAAAAAAAAAGAAUUAAGCUCUUUUUUAAACAAAAUAAGCACACUUCUUCUUGUAUGUUGUUUAUAGCUCUGGUGCAGUGGCUAGAUAUAAGCAACUAUUAGCUUUAUUUUCUAUAAUAUAAUGAUCCUGUAGGACAGGAGAAAGGCUUGUAGGGCUAAAUACAGUGAAUAUCAAGAAUGUCAUGGUUUACUUCCUGAGCAUUGCACAUACCAUACUGUUUGAGGCAGACCAAAAUCAGAGCUGAGUGAAUCUGAGAACAAAAAGGAAAUCAGGCAGGGGGGAUAGGAGCGGCUUCCUUCCUUAAUCUCAAACACCUUUCUACCGUCAGCCGCUUGCUGGUUUCUCCAAGAGGGACAGAAAUCAGUGGAUGAAGAACAAAUGUGACCUUUCAUUGUAAACUGAACCUCGUCAAAACCCCGGGUCAAGUCAUUUUAGAUAAUUUGUUACAAACCCUUAGUUACUUGCAGUCUAAGACUCUUAUUUUUUUUGCUCUCAGCUUACUUUUCAAUGCAAAAAUAAAUUGCAAUCCUCCACCCUGCCCUGUAAUUAUUUUCCACAACAAAGUGUUCGUUUCUGAAUAUCCCAGAUAAUGACUCAUAAUGAGUUUUAAAAAAAGGAGAAGUGAUGUAUUUUUUAAUGUAUUAACUAUUCUCUCACAGCCAGAUGUUCCCCUUCAUUGCACAGCAUGAAGAGGUGAAAGGGAGCAGAAAAAUUGCAAUAAGAAAGACACACACACGAAAAAAAAAAGCCCUACAACCAACCAAGGAUCAAGUGAAACAGAAUACUUGACUUCCGUAACGUUUAUUUUCAACAGCCACUUUCAGCUUCCUGUCUCUGCAGUGUUUCCACCUGUGGAUGGGGCAGAAGUGCAGCUGUGGCAUCUUGUGGAGGCCAGCUUUAGCAUGGGAUUUAUCCUGAAGAAAAUACUUGCAGAAGAAAAAGAAACGUCGUUUGACUCACCGAAGAUUUAAAACCGACAGCACCACAGAGCCAUGUGGGACAAAAGGGGAUUUUAGUCUCAAGUGGCAGAAUCAAGUCAUAAGAAGUAAAAAGAUUUGGAUGGUUUCUCACUAAAUGGAAAUUAUCUAGAAAGCCUCUCAGACCACUGCAUCUCUCCAUCCCACUCCUGCUGCACGGAGACGGCGCUCUUGGCCUUGGACGUUAAUAAAAUGCUGGAUUCAGUCAAAUGUGUCCUGGUGGGAGACUCUGCGGUUGGGAAAACAUCUCUUUUGGUACGUUUCACCUCUGAGAUGUUUCCAGAUGACUACAGACCCACCGUAUAUGAAAAUACUGGAGUGGAUGUCUUCAUGGAUGGUGUGCAGAUUAGCUUAGGCCUUUGGGACACAUCUGGCAGUGAUGCCUUCAAAGGCAUUCGCCCCCUUUCAUACCAACAGGCAGAUGUGGUAUUAAUGUGCUACUCGGUGGCAAACCACAGUUCCUUUCUGAACCUGAGGAACAAAUGGAUCGGCGAGAUCCGCAGCCAUUUGCCCCGCAUCCCCGUUUUGGUGGUGGCCACUCAGACUGACCAGCGUGACACGGGUCCGUACCGUUCCUCCUGCAUCAGCCCGAUAGAUGGGAAGCGGCUCGCCCAGGAUGUGCGAGCCAAAGGCUAUUUGGAGUGCUCUGCCCUCAGCAACCGAGGGGUGCAGCAGGUGUUUGAGUAUGCUGUGAGGACAGCAGUCAAUCAAGACAAAAGGCGGAACAGGCGGAAGCUCUUCUCCAUUAACGAGUGCAAAAUCUUUUGAGGACUCUCAGCGGUGGUUUUGCUCAUGUUCGUUCUUUCUGUUUUCACACAAAGAUACUGCAGCAGAGAGAAUGGGAGGUGAAUCAAAGGAGGGCUCUUGGCAGGACCACAGCGCAGGUGCCUCAUGAGACAGAUGUGCUCUCUAUCUGAUUCUCUCCCCCCAAACACACAUGGGCACUACCUUGAAAAACAAAAGGUGCAAGUACCUGCCCUUAUUCCCAAGCCUGUGUUUGGACUUUGCUAGCCUGGACUGGAGCAGGCCUAGCCUGGAGAUCUGCAGAUAACAGCUGUGCCGAUUUUGUUGUUUCUGUUGAUGUUCCUCAGUUGAUGGUUUGUCUGCAUCUGCAUUUAUUUAAUGAUGAACUUCUACCUGGAUCAAUCCCUACCUCUGUCCAUGUGGAUUUUUUUCUUUAAGAACUUCGUAUAUAAAAUCUGACCACUGUGUAUUCUA